GCCGUCAAAAUGGAGGGUGUGGGGCUCGGGGCAGUGGCGGCAGCCAAGGCAUACGCCAACUUUGACUCUGCUGAGCUGGCCACAUGGAAGGCAGGGGAGCCGGUGCCCUUCUUGUUCCUGGCAUCCACCUUUGAGGCCAUCGCAAACCAGCCCAAGCGGCUGCAGAUGACCCAGCUGCUGGUCACAGCCUUCAGAACCAUCCUGGCUACCACCCCAGAAGACCUCCUGCCCGCUGUCUACCUCUGCAGCAACCAGGUGGCUCCAUCCCAUGAGGGUCUGGAGCUGGGCAUUGGGGACUCCAUCCUGAUGAAGGCGCUCUGUCAGGCCACCGGCAAGUCAAUGCAGAAGAUCAAGGAUGACUACGCGGAGGCGGGGGACCUGGGCAACGUGGCGGCGGCUGCUCGAGCCAAGCAGAAGACCAUGUUCAAGCCCAAGCCCCUCACCGUGCAGGGCGUCUUCAAGGCGUUCCAGGCCAUAGCGAGGACGCAGGGCACAAAGAGCCAGGAGCGCAAGGUCGACCUCAUCAACAAGCUGCUCGUGUCUUCCACCGAUGUCGAGCCGGGCUUCAUCAUGCGCGCCCUGCAGGGGAAGUUGAGGAUAGGCCUGGGGGACGAGACAGUGCGGGUGGCGCUGGCGCACGCGCAGUCGCUGCACCGUCACGGCGCUGACAAUGCUGACGGCAAGCUAGCCAACCGCCUGGAGACGGCCGUGCAGGCCGUCAAGCAGGCCUACAGCCAGUGCCCCUCCUACGACGCCCUCAUCCCCGCCCUCCUCCAGUACCCCAUCGAGGACUUGCCGGACCAUGUGAGAUUCACACCGGGGGUGCCGGUGAAGCCGAUGCUGGCCAAAGCGACCACAGGCAUCGCAGAGGUUCUGGAGAAAUUUACGGACCAGGAGUUCACUUGCGAGUACAAGUAUGACGGGGAGCGCGCCCAGGUGCACUACACUGAGGACGGCAAGGUCUUCAUCUACAGCCGAAACAGCGAGAACAACACGGGCAAGUACCCGGACAUAGCGGCCAUCGUACCCAGCAUGGUGCGCGAGGGCGUCAAGUCCAUGGUCCUCGACUGCGAGGCCGUCGCCUUCGAGCGCGCCACCGGCAAGAUCCUGCCCUUCCAGGUGCUGAGCACACGCAAGCGCAAGGAUGUGGAGGUGGCGGACAUCAAGGUGCAGGUGUGCCUGUUCGCCUUUGACUGCCUCUACCUCAACGGCGCCAUGCUCCUGCAGAAGCCCCUCACUGAGCGCCGCACCGCCCUCUCCCAAGCCGUCCGCGAGAAGCCCGGAGAGCUGCAGUUUGCCCUCUUCAAGGCACAUUCUUAUACAUCCACUGAUGUUGAAGAGCUGGGAACCUUUCUGAACGAGUCGGUGGCGGCGGGCACGGAGGGGCUGAUUGUGAAGACGAUGGACAGCACCUAUGAGCCGUCCAGGCGCUCCCUGCACUGGCUCAAGCUCAAGAAGGAUUACCUGGAGGGCGUGGGUGACACCCUCGACGUGGCUGUCAUCGGCGCCUGGUUCGGCAAGGGGAAGCGGUCAGGGGUGUUUGGGGCGUUCCUGCUGGCGGUGUACAAUCCGGAGGGCGAGGAGUUCCAGACCAUCUCCAAGAUCGGCACGGGCUUCUCCGAGGAGCAGCUGAAGCAGUUCAGCGAGGAGCUGCGCCUGCACACCAUCCCCACCGCCAAGCCCUACUACCGGUACUCAGAGACACUGCUGCCGGACAUCUGGUUUGACGCAAAGACGGUGUGGGAGGUCAAGUGCGCUGACUUCAGCAUCUCGCCGCGACACAAGGCGGCACUGGGAUUAGCCGACCCUGACAAGGGUAUCUCAAUCCGUUUCCCCCGCCUCGUCAAAGUCCGCGAUGACAAAACACCCGAGGACGCCACCUCAGCCGAACAGGUUGCAGAAAUGUACUUCAAGCAGGCGCUGACAUCAGGGCAGCAGAAGGGAAAGCAGGAGGACGAGGAAUGACAGGAAGCUCUGAGGAAGUCCAUGCCACAGGUUUUACAGGAUGUUUUCCCUGGUGCCCUGCUGACCCUGUGGAUCUUAGUAAUUGCUGACUUGGGAGAGCCUGCAGUGACAGUUUCCACCUGGAUCCCCUCAAAUGAAUGAGUCAUAUAUGGAGCUUGAAGCUGUUUUGAUGCAGUGCGCCGCAAGAGGCAGUAGAGUGGACACGUGUGUUUCCAUCGGACCUUCGAGCUCGCUUGGAUUGCAGCGCUGUUUAGUUAUACUCUUACUGUAAUUGACUGUUUAUAAACUUCAGAAAACUUUCAUAAUUUUUAAGAGAACCUUGGUUCAGGCCUGAAAUAUGUGCACAUGCACAUUUCCCUGCAAUUCGUCACAAAGUAGAGGAGUGUUCGCCCAGGGGAUGGGGAGAUCUUGUAUAACACAUGUGCAGGCUCCGAGUUGCAAGAAUUGUAAGGGACGCUUAAG